AGUGAUAUUUACAUAUACUAUGAAUAGGUGUCAGAAUUAUUACUUGCAUUCUUCUUACUAGGUGCAUCUAGGUCAAAAGAGCACUUGUUUGCAGUUUAAGAUUGAUAAUGUUAAUUUGGGGGGCUGAUAGAUUGUGUCAGAACAUACUGCUCUGGAUAGAUUAAAUUUAAAUUAAACAAUCUAAUCUAAUGCAAUAAAUAUGUCAGAUCAGAAGUAUUUCAGCAAUGGUAAAUAUGUGAAUAAGUAACCCUUGAUUAGUCCUUCAGGUCAGAUUUAAUUACAAUUAUACAUCUCUUAUUACAAAAAUUGCAUUGUUCUGAGUGAAGUACAUACACAGUUUAAACCCACAUAAACGAAAAGAGCAGGUCCCAAACAUCAAAGAUGUUGGCAAUCAACCCACAGGAUAUAAUCCCAUUAACGUAUUAUCCCUUAUAAUCCUGGUCUCAGAGAUUACAUGUAGUGUGCAGUAGCCUGGAGUUUACUCCCCUGCAGUGGUACAAAUAGUCCUAUUGAUUCAGUAGGUCUGUAUUGAUCCAGCUCUGUCUCCUGUGUUAUAUAUAGACACUGUGAUGGGUUCUGGCAGGGUGUCUCUUUCAUUGUCUGUGCACCGUUUACUUGAGAUGGGUCGUCUGUCCAAAGCUUACAGAGAUUAAGCAUGGAUUAUCCUAAUCAGCAACAUACUCAUACAUGCAUGUCACGAGUUACAUGUAUUAUGGAUUUCAUGCAGAAUUAAUCAAUGCAUUUGGACUGCUGAGAAUUUUCCUCUGUGUGCAGAUCCAAUAAUUGAACAGGAUUGGGGCAAAUUGCUUUCAGUUUGUGAUUUUUUGGGGGGUGAUAAACGUGAAUUCAGUGUAAAAAACAGGAAACGGAGAAAAUUAUUUGGGGCCUUUGUGCGUUGCAGAAUUUCCUGAGGAUACUAAAUUCACUAUGGUGGAGAAGUCCCUAGCCAUUAUGAUGAUUUUAUGGAACUGAAUCAUUACUUAAUGACAUUAGAUUACCAUUACGUAACAGGACCAGCUACACAAUUGUGUGUGAUGGACGGAGUGUUUGUUUACACAGGGGUGUAAUGGAAAGCCUGGUCAUUACUCUUGCCUAUCUAUCAUUCUCAUAUCAACAGUCCUAAAGAUUAACAUUAAUAGAGAAGGACAGAUUUUUAACUGAUUCUGACGGGGAUGUCACCUGACCAGUUAGACGAGAGUAAUGGACAGAGGGAAGCUACCUGACAUUUCAUAUUCCAUGCGAGGUCAUUGUCAUUUCAGGAGGAGAGCAGUGUAAAUAGCUGGUGAGAAGAAAAUAAGACUUGGACAUGACAGUUGUGUGCAUGUAAUGUCAGGUGAACAACUUGUGCAAUGGCUUGGCUUCAUUUCGGGAUGGUUAAUGGAUGAACAACUACAACCUCAGUGCUUUGUAUCAUCAGAUUCUUGCUUUACAUCAUGAUGUUACAGCAAGGUUUCUGCGCUGGUUCCAAGAAAAGAGCUCUUGAUUGUGCAUACACAGUUGCAGUGGGAUUGUUUCAAGCUAAAUUAUUCAGAAAUGAUUGUGACCUUUCAUCAAAUAGAGGAGAUGUAUGAAGAGCUAAGUUAAAAAAAGCAAUGCCAAGUGUCGUGUAUUAACUUCAUCUCUUCUUGUAGCAGAUAUGUUGAUGAUUCUCAACAUUUUGAUUCUGUACCAUCUGUGAAAAUCAUUUCUGUUGCUUUUGCUGAAAGAAAUAGGAGAAGAAUAAAAAAACAAACAAAUUAGUGACUAAUCUAUGUGCCACUGCCCAUUCCUCUCCUCAUUUUGUGAUCUGAUCUAUAUAAACCUAGUCAUCGCUAAGGAACCACCAUGGGUAAUAUUAUAGCUGAUUUUGAAAUAAAUGAGGUGGAGGAAAGUGAGAUACAACAAGUCCAAAGUGAGCUUACCGCAAUCAAAGGGACUGAUGUUGACAAGGAAUCCCAGAAUCCUGGUUCAUCCGUGGAUAAAUACUUGGAUAUAUCCGACAAUAGGGACUGUACGGAAUCCAACCUGUCAUCUCCGACGGAGUAUCACAGUGCAAGAAACUCGGAACACUUUCCAUUCACAGACUCAGAUGCUAGUGAUAUUGAGUCUGAGGAUAAUGUGCUGUCUCACGAGAUAAAUGAGAUGUCUGAUGGACAACCAAGAAACCAGUUAAGCACUGAAUCUGAGACCAGUGGGGAUUGUCAUGAAAAUUGUCUUAUGUGUCAACAUGAUAUGUAUGACCUCUUGAACCCUGAUGACCUUUCUAAUACAGGGUCAGAGGUUAGUGAUUUUGAUAGUGAUUUUGAUUUUGACCUCACUGCUGGUGAUAAUGCAACAUUUAGGAACACAAAAGCAUCUGGCAGUUCUGACUCUGAUCCUACAAUAGAAAAUAUUUCUAGUCAGAGUGUGUCAGAAUCAGACAUGACUCCAAAUAAACCUGAUUCUUCCAAUGUCUUAUGUACAGAGGAUAAACCUGCUGGAAAGUUCAUCAAGGGAGGUAACCCUAGCUCAGAAGACACAUCUGGCAGCAAUUGUAUUUUCUCUGAAAAAGCAGCACGAGGUGAUGAAUGCUGUAAUAGAAACACUGUUGUGGCCGAUCAAAGCCAGGGAAAUAGUAGAAGUACUAACCAGGCGAUGCAUGCAGUUACAGCUGGUACUGGUAGUAAUGCUGAUGACAGCUCAUUCAAUAGUCAGCCACAGUCGAUGGGCGUGGGAGAUGGUUGUGAGGGCAUGAUGCCCUGUAAUUCUAUGACUGAUGGAGACUCCAGAGGUGAUGAUGGUGAGAUGGAGGAUAAAAAGAGGUCACCCUCACACCAAAAAGAUGAAAUGUUAACUGUGGAAACUCCUGGGAUCCAACCUAAUCUCAACAAAGACAACUUUGAUGAGAGUCAACCUAAUUGUCAUAUUAUGGAGGUUAAUUGUGACGUUCAUUCAGGGAAUGCUCUGCUGGCUGAAAGGCCUGUGUCCGCUGUAUUCACGGAAUUAGGGCAGGAUAGAAAUGUGGACCAAGAUAGAGUAGUCAGUACCCAGAGUGAUCAGGAACGGGAGAGAGAAGGCUUAAUGGGACCUAUUCAGAGUCCUUCGACCACCGAGAAUGGCCAUCUCUCUAAUGCUCUUGUGGACAAAGAGAACAUGGAUGAUUACCCAUCAAUAAUUCGGGAUAUAAUUAAAAACCAUCAUAGAUUUGUGGAUAUAUUAUCAAAAUUUGAGCAGAUAUGUAGUGUUAAGUUGGAUUUGGUUAGUGUUUUGGAAAAACAUCAACCUGUUAAAGAGGACAUGCAGGGGAGUGACACUGAGGGUAUGUCCACCAAGAACUCUGACCGUGGUGGGGCCACCCAGGGACCAGGGCCAGGAGGGGGGCAGAGACCCCUCAGCCCCAGAAGUCCCGGGUUUCACAAACAUCGAAAUCUGGAUGCUCCAAAAACUGUAAUGGACGUGGAUUAUAAACUACUGAAUUCAGGAAUAGCUGUUCUACCAGGGAGCCGAGAUUCAGAGGAGCGUCCAGUUGUGUUCAUCUUCACAAACAGCUCCCUAUGGCAGAACCAACAGGUGCCCAGUACAGAGCUGGCCAGACUCCUGAUGUAUUACAGGAGUAUACCCAGAGAUGAAGUCAGACUCCAUGGUUUUACAGUUGUUGCAGUAAUACAGGGUGCCACUUCUUCCAUAAUCAAUACGUUACUAGAAAGUCUCUAUCUAUUUGAGGGGAACUGUCCUGGAGGUAUAGCUGUCCUGCAUUUCCUAGCAGACACUUACACCCAGCCCCUGCUACAGAUGUCACCUGUAUUCGACUCCCAAACUCCGUUCAAGUUGGAUGUUCUUCUUGCCCCUGAGUUAUUACAAGAGUUCAUUCCCUUGAAUCAGCUUCCAUUAGAUCUAGAUGGACACUAUAUGUAUAAUCAUGAGGAGUGGAUCCGAUUUCAUGUGGAAUUGGACCCAUUCAUCAGCAAGAUACGGGGUGUGGCUAAAUACCUGAUGGUCACCAUGCAGGAGCUGAGUGAGCCCCACAUAAUGCCGGUCACUGCUCAGGAGGCUCGACAACUCAUUGAGCACCACGAACAGUCCAUGAAGGCCGCAUUCAACGAUGCGCGACUGAUCUCACUUCAGAAUGAGGGCGAGUCCAUCAUCAAUUGCCUCAGGAGGUUGUAUGCUCACAUGGGACACUCGGAGGACUACAGGGAUUUGAUGGAGUCUGUGAACAAGUUGUAUGAUAACUUGAACAGCACCAUGGUUAAACUGGUUCAUAUAGCUGAUAGCAGGCUGUCCAAGCUUGAACACUGCCAACAGCUCAGGGAAUUCGAGGAAGAAUGUACCAAGAUUAUCGCCUGGACGGAACGAACAGGUGAGGAGUAUCUACAGAGACACACCCAGCUCGGGGACAACCUCAAGUCCAUCCGCGUUCAGCAGAAGGAGUUCGAGAAGUUCUACUUCUCUGCUAUGACACACAUAGAGAAGGGCAACGAUCUGCUGGACGAGGCCAGCAUGCUCGCUCAGUCCGGGAACUUCGAGGAAGCCACUGGAUACAAGGAGCUGGCUCGGACUCUCAAGAAGCACCUCCAGUCCUUCACGUCCAAACUGGAGGACACACGGGAACAGAUCGAGCGCACCGCCAAGUGUUACCAGCUGUUGGAUAAGACUUACGAGUGGGCCUUAGAUGCUAUGAAAUAUGUGGCAAGUAUGAAAAUGGAACACUGUGAAACAUUGAACGGAUUGGAUAAGUUACUAAGAAGUCUGGAUUUGUAUUUACGUGAUCACCCAGUAAUGAAACCAGAAACAUUCACUUGCAUGUUUGAUCUGGCAGAAAAACUUCACAGCAACAAAUUAUUGGAACAGUGUCGCGUGGCCAAAGAACGAUGUGAUGAAACACAAAAACUGCUAAUGUUACGGCAGUGUACACUCAAAAGGGCAAGAGAGAAACUUGAAGUAGAACAGCAAGAGACUAGUCCCCCGGAUAGCAUGAAAUCCUUGAGCCGUGAACAAUCCCCAGCAUCUAGUGUUGUGAGUUCCAGGAGAUUUCCCAGUCCCCAGGAGUCAGUGUGGGAGCCCCAGUCCUCCAGUACUCCUUUAAGGGUAGUGAGACCCCACCCCGAACUACGCAAAAGUAUGUCGGAUCGUUUCCUACGGUCUCAGUUACCAAGGGAAGAUUUUUACACUCAAGACAUGUCUGACCGUAUUGUAACAGCCCUACCCAAGUCCCUCAUUGAAUCCCGCCAUGGGUCCUCGCGGGAGGACCUCACCGAUACAGGAAGUGACAUGGCCAGUGCCUCCCCCAGCCAUGACUUCAAACCCCAACCCCUCCACUCUGUGUCACCCAUUAACUCUACCUCAAGUCUGCCCUACCACAGACCCCAGAAAAAGGUCCUCAAGCGCGUUCCCACUGUUCCCUCACCAGGCAACAUUAUUAUGGAGGAGGAGGACCAGUCAAUGGACCGGAACCACCAAGUGUGGAGUAAAAGUCAGGAUCCACGGCCCAUCAGUUUGAUCACUGCCAGUUCUGACAGCUUGUCCAGCCUUCCAGAGGAGGAGACGGAGAAUCAAGCCCCAGGGGAGGACAAUCCUCCACCUCUUCCCCCACUCCCUCGGGAAUGGACCCCUGUCCCUGUCAACACACAUCUUACAUCCAUGCCAGCAGUAUCAGAACUUAAGCUGUCCAAUGCAGAAAAGAGUAAAAGAACACUGACCCACAUCAUGCGGGAGAUGGUACAGACAGAGAGGGACUAUGUCCUGUCUCUGCAGUAUGUCAUAGAGAACUACAUCCCUGAGCUCCAGCGCCCAGAUGUACCUCAGGCCCUGCGGGGGAAGGGCAGCAUCAUCUUUGGGAACAUUGAGAAGAUCUAUCAGUUCCACCGUCAGUACUUCCUGAGGGAGGUGGAGAGAUGUGAGAGGAACCCGUUCCAGAUUUCUCAUUACUUUCUCAUGCAUGAGUCCCAAUUUUACCUCUAUGCCCUCUAUAACAAGAACAAGCCAAAGUCAGACAUGUUGAUGGCAGAGUACGGAAAAGUUUUUUUCAAGGACAAGCAAGCCAAGUUGGGGGACAAAAUGGACCUGGGCAGCUACCUGCUAAAGCCGGUACAGAGGAUGGGUAAAUACGCCCUGCUGCUGAAACAGAUCAUGAAGGAGUGUCCCCCCACGGACCAGGAGUAUCAGGAUCUUCGGGCAGCUGAACAAAUGGUCAAGUUCCAACUUCGCCAUGGCAACGAUCUUCUAGCAAUGGAUUCUCUUCGUGACUGUGAUGUCAAUUUACAAGAACAAGGGAGGUUACUGCGACAGGACGAGUUCAUUGUGUGGCAGGGCAGGAGGAAGUCUCUGCGUCACGUGUUCUUGUUCGAGGAUCUGAUCCUGUUCAGUAAGACAAGGAGAGGCCGCAGCGGGGGACCAGACAGCUAUUUCUACAAAUUCUCCUUAAAGAUGGCCGAAGUAGGGCUGACAGAGAGUUAUGGGGACACUGGAUACAAGUUUGAGAUCUGGUUCCGUAAGAGAUCAAAGGGGGAAAGCUACAUUUUACAAGCACAAAGCUCGGACAUUCGUCAUCACUGGGUGAAGGAAAUCUCACGUGUCCUGUGGAACCAAGCCAUCACAAACAGAGAAAAGCACAUGUCUGAGAUGGCCACAAUGGGAAUUGGAAACAAACCCUGUUUAGAAAUCAAACCCAGUGCCAACCAGAUAAAUGACCGCUUUAUCAAUGUGGCAUCUGGCAACUUCCAGUCUCGUACAAGGAAUUCCAUAGCUGUAUCAUCAUUUGAUCACAUGUAUCAGAACAACAAGCGCCCCCACUCCAUUAUCUCCAUCAGUAGUACCUCCUCCUCUAGCAGCAGUCACUCGGGGGCCUUCCACCCCCACCACCUACCCACGGACACCUCAAGAACCACCAACUAUCUCUCCAAUGAGAGUGGUAUUGGAACAGACAUUUCUUCGGGCGAGGACCAUGGGAUCAGAUACGACCAAUCAGAAAGAGGCAUUGCAUUUACACGGCAACCUGCAAUCAACGAGUCCAAUCUGUUUAGUGAUACAAUUAGCACAGAUGUUUGAUUGAUUACUAGUGGGCAGCUGUGAUGAGAAAGUAAAUAGACUUACAGUACAACAAAGACUACUGCCAUUCGGAAUCCUCAAUUACCACAGGAGUAAAAUAAUCCUGGGCAUCGCUUUUGCAAAAGAACUUACAACUUAGUAGUACAUGUACAACCAAAUGCUCUUUUUUUCAUAAACUAACAAAUGCUUCAACUUAGUACUGGUAAAAUACAUGUGUGUAUAAAUGUGAGUAAAUUGUUAUAUAAUUUUUUGCAUUAUAAUAAGUGAUAUUAAAAAGGUGUAAAUAUUUACAACUUUGUUGUAAGCUCAGUUGUAAGACAUGCCCGCCUGUUCCAUGAGGUUCUUCCUUUUGUCGGUUUUCAAGGGAUAUCAAUUUCGAGAUAAAAGGGUGAACCAAACUUGGAAACAAAAAGUUUGAAUAACAAUUGAGAAUUGGACUCAAGAGACUACAUUUGCUCCAAGGAGUAUGGAUUUUGAAACUGAAGGAAAUGCUUUUGAGUGCUUAAACAUUGACUCAAAGAUUUAUGAAUGUUGUAAAAAUGAAAUAGAAUCCAUUCUGUACCAAAGGAUUGUUACUGCUGGAUAUGGUGCUAAUUGUCUUUGUGUCUUCUUUACAUGUUAAGGUUGUGUAGAUCUGUUUUCAGCAUUUUAUUUUUUUUCUCUAUUUGUGUAAACAAAGUUAACAACAGGAUCAAAAGAAUUUCACUCGUAUAUUUCUACCUCAUCCAUAUUUAUUCUUUUUUUUUCAUCAUCAUUACUGUGGGUUUCUAUUCAAGAGACCAAAUUUAGAUUUUUUUUCCUUGAGGCAGUUGUACAUUUGUUGUUAUUUAUUGUAACUGUACAUUUUGUCAUUCUAUAAUGCUGAUUAUCAGUCGAUAAUACUUCAAAUGCCAAAUAAUCACUGUACAUUUAAUUGAUGAGUAUUAAAUAUGUCAAAAUUUGAA